AUGUCUCACCACGACAUUUCCGACGCGGAGUCGCGUAACCGUCUCCCUACCCUCUUUGAGGUCCUGAGCCGUCGAACUCUUGCUCCAGUCGACCUCUUCUCAUUCUACAUUUACAUGCGAGAUCAACAGCGCUCGGUAGAUUACCUAGACUUCUGGCUUGAUGUAUCCCAGCAUAUGCUACUGUGCCGACACUAUGUCCGAGAACUCCGACGUUCUGUCUUGGUCGCUACUCCCGACAUUGAGCGAGCCGACAGCAAACAAUCAUCUACCAUGCUAGACAACCUGGAGAAUCUGGGAGAUAUCCCAUUAGAGGAAGCCGGCCCCUCUCGCAUGCGACACGGUUUCCAAGAAAAUGAGAAGGGCAGAGAUGCCGACCAACGUUUAUCGGCCUUCCUCCGCUCCGAGGGUGCCACUUCAUCACCGUCCCGCCAAAAUAGUCUGGGCUCAUCCAACGAGUCAGCACGCCGGGUUCCUUCCAAUGAGGAGGGUCGUCAUACACCGGACUCACGGAACAACGACUCGACCUCACCUGGUCACACCGUGGACCGCAAUGACAUUCGCGCCAGCGCCGAGAAGAUCCUGUACACAUAUCUGCUUCCCGGCUCCGAACGAGAAAUCAUGCUUCCGGAAGCUAUGGUCUCCACAAUUAUUAACCUGGUUGAAGAUGACGGCAGAGACGAUCCCGAGGUUUUCGACCCCGCCAAGGACUACGUGUUCCAGGCUAUGGAGCGUGAUGCUUUCCCCGGAUUUUUGCAGGCAAAGGCUUUGGGAAAUAUCGUCCCCCUCAGCACUAUUCUGCGUCUUGCGUUUGCUCUGAUCAGCUUCGGCGGUGGCUUCUGGGGUGCUUUCUACGUUGUGCUACGCGACAAGCCUCGCAAUAUUCGCUGCUGGAUUAUUCUCCCAUUCGCUGUUGCGUCGUACUUCAUUAUCUCCUACCACUAUAAGAUUGACCCAAUCAUGGCGUUUUUGGGCUACAGUGAAUACACAUUCAUGAACUGGGCCCCGAUUCGCGAGCCAUAUGUUCGGAAGCUUUUGAACAAGCGUGCUCUUGUGACUGCGAUGAUUGCCUUCGUGACAGCCGCGGCCUUGAGCAUCCUGUUCAUUUUCGUCCCCGGAACCAUGCUAUGA